AUGGAUGCGGUGGUUGUGAUCCGUACACGAUCGCAAUCCCCACGGACGGCACACCAACAACACCAGCACCAGGGCUCCGUUUCUGCGAACGGCACCAACAACCAUGCCGCAGCGCCUGCAGCAACCAACGGCGCCACGCACCGCUCGUGGAUCCUGUCCGUCACGAUCAACAACCGAAGUCCCCACGAGUUCGAGCUCAAUGACCCCUUCACCGAGACUGAGUACAAGUCCAUCCUGGAGCCGUACCUCCGCCACUCGGAGAAGCCUAGCUUGCUCUUGACGGCCGACGAUGAGGCGGCGCCUCUGGAUGUGCAGGGCGCCGAGCUCAAGAUCGACGACUAUACCGAGACUCUGUUUGCUCAGCUGGAUAAGAAGCUCGAGCUGCGGAAUUCUGGGGUUGCCAAGUACCAUAUUUUCGUCGUCGAGGAUCACUCCUCCAGGAGGCCGUCGGAGAAUGCCCACGGGGUCCAAUGCCUGGCAUGGGAGCUUCUCGAGUCAAUGGACAAGCCCUGCAUGCGCAUCACUCGCGUCGCCAACUUCGUGCCCGGCGGGAGUAGCAGCAGCACCCAGCAAUCUCGGGUGCCGCAGGAGCUCUCCUCAGUCAGGAGCGGCUACCUCGUCAAGGUGCUGCUGGUCGUCGCCCGGGACUUCACCCUCAGCGGCGCCGACAGGGACCCGGAGCCGGACCUGGCGCAGUACCCCCUCAUGACCGUGCAGAAGAAGCUGAGGACCAGGGGGAAGGGCAGGAUGCUUCUCGAGGUGGUGCGGCCGGGGAGCCGCGAGGAGCUGGAGCAGCAUCUGAGGAUCAGGUCGCGGCAGGACGUGUUCUUCCACAUUGUGCACUUUGAUCUGCAUGGUAUUGUGCAGGAAGAUGAGCAUGGUAGAAUGGUUCCCUGGCUGCUGUUCGCUAAAAAGCAUGAUGAAACCGUAGGACAGCCGUAUAAUCUGCCCGGGACUUGCCUAGCCAAAGCGGACUCGAUUGCCGAGGUGCUGGCUAGGUACAAGGUUGAGAACGUGGUGUUGAAUUCUUGCCUGUCGGCGUACAACCGUCAUGAGUCGGGAACGAACCUUGCGCAGACGUUCCUGAGGCACGGCAUCUCAAACGUAUCUGCCAUGUGGUAUUACGUCCACUGGCAGACCGUGUCCACGUACCUCGAGACGUUCUAUAACGAGCUGUUGGUGAACCAGGCCGACUUCCACGUCGCGGCCCACAGGGGAAGGGAAGCCAUACGGAGAAAGUACGCCGACAAGACGGGAAGAAGAUACAAGGAUUUCUUUAUCUGCGUAAACUACACUAGGGAGUCGCGGCACAUCAACCACGCGUCACGCGACCGUAGCCCGUCGCUAUCAGACCAGUCCCAAGACUCGUCCAACUCGAGCUCGUCCAGAGUGAAAUGGAAGCCGCCGGCGGGGUUCCUAGGGGACAACCUGAUGGCGCCGAUGGACGAGCCGAUCAGGAUGAAGCUGCACCUCCUGGAGCUCGAGUACAAGCUCACGACAUUCCGCGUCGUGUACGCGAGCGACCUCCAGCGCUCAGACGCCAAGAUGGAAACCACGAUUGACCAGAUGAUCAGCAUGUGGCUGGCUACGAACCUCGUGGACGAGGUAUACUUCUACAGGGCCAAGGACCUGGACAAGCCGAACAUGACGCUGGACGGGCUGCCCUACCGCGAGAAGCGCAACAGGCUGCACGGGAGCCGCUACCUCCCAUCGUCGAUGGUGCGCGAGUCGGUGAGGCCGCUGAGGCAGAAGCUGCUGGUGAUCCGCGGCAUCGACGACGUGCUGGACCCGGGGACCCAGGCGUACCCCGAGGACAACCAGCGCAACGAGAAGCGGCGGCGCAACGUGGAGGACACGCUGGCGCGGCUGACGGACAGGCUGCACAGGGAGCAGGACAGCUACCUGCUCUUCGUAGGGGACAAGGACGCCCAGUGGUGGCGGGGACACCUGGAGCAUCUGGACGGGCAGUGGUGGCUUCACAUGCCGUGGAACAUCACGGUGCACAGCCGGUACAACCGGGACAUCAUGGUGCCCGGCGACGGCGGCAGGCGGUCGUUGACACCGUCGCCUCUGGGGAGGAGCCGGUGGUGA